CCUCCUCCACCUCCUCCUCCACCUCCUCCUCCUCCUCCACCACUCACACACACACAGGAAUCAAUGGUUAGCAUAACGUAACGGAGAUAGUCUUGCUUCUUUUAUUUCUUCCUCUAGUAAAGGAUGUCUAAACGCCUGCGAAACACUGAGCUCUGCGCCGACUGCAAUGUUCCGGAGCCUCGCUGGGCCUCGGUGAACAGGGGGGUGUUGAUUUGCGAUGAGUGCUGCAGCGUUCAUCGAAGUCUGGGCAGACACAGCUCACAAGUCCGCCACCUGACGCACACACCGUGGCCUUCCACGCAGCUGCAGAUGGUUCAGACAUUAUACAGCAAUGGUGCAAAUUCAAUAUGGGAGCACUCUCUUCUGGACCCUGCGUCUGUGAUGAGUGGAAAACGCAAGGCCAACCCUCAGGACAAACUGCACCCGAACAAAUCAGAGUUUAUCAGAGCCAAAUAUCAAAUGCUGGCAUUUGUCCAUCGCAUGCCUUGCCGGGAGGAUGACAGCUCAACAGCCAAGGAUUUAAGUAAGCAACUCCACUCAAGUGUACGGACCGGGAAUCUCGAGACUUGUCUGAGGUUGCUAUCCCUGGGAGCACAAGCUAAUUUUUUUCACCCCGAAAAAGGAAACACUCCGUUGCAUGUAGCUGCAAAGGCAGGGCAAGUAUCUCAGGCUGAACUAUUGACUGUUUAUGGGGCAGAUCCCGGAGCCCCCGACAGCAAUGGCAAAACUCCCAUUGACUAUGCAAGGGAAGCUGGCCACCAUGACCUGGCCGAUAGAUUGGUGGAGGUUCAGUACGAACUAACUGAUCGCCUGGCGUUCUACCUGUGUGGGAGAAAGCCAGAUCAUAAAAACGGCCAGCACUUCAUUGUUCCACAGAUGGCUGACAGGAACAUCAGUUUAGAUUUAUCAGAACUGGCCAAGGCAGCAAAGAAGAAACUGCAGUCUCUCAGCAACCAUUUAUUCGAGGAGCUCGCCAUGGAUGUGUAUGAUGAGGUGGACCGGCGAGAGACUGAUGCAGUGUGGUUGGCUACACAGAAUCACAGCACGCUGGUGACCGAGACGACUGUGGUGCCUUUCCUUCCUGUGAAUCCAGAGUAUUCCUCAACACGAAACCAGGGGCGCCAGAAGCUUGCAAGAUUCAAUGCACAUGAAUUUGCAACUCUUGUGAUCGACAUCUUAAGUGAUGCUAAGCGCAGACAACAAGGGAAUUCAAUAGUCAGCCCCAAAGACAAUGUUGAAUUUAUCCUGAAGAGUGUGGCUGUUAGGCAUUGUAGUGAUAGCCAGGACAAUGACCAGCCUGACUAUGACAGCGUGGCGUCUGAUGAGGAUACAGAUCAAGAGCUCCCCUCGAGCAAAGGAGAUAGGACCAAGAGCCUGGACUCGGACCUCUCAGACGGCCCCAUCACUAUGCACGAAUACAUGGAGGUGAAAAACGCGCUCUCUGCCUCUGAAGCCAAGGUCCAGCACCUCAUGAAAGCCAACAACAACCUGAGUGAUGAGCUGAGGCUGAUGCAGAAAAAGCUACAAUCUCUGCAAAGCGAGAACAUCUCUCUCAGGCGGCAGGUCACAACCAAUAUCUAUCAGAUCCCCAGCGGUUCAGACUACCCCGACCCCUCCAGCCCCUCAGCCCUGAAACGCCGGCAGUCUGCGCGGGCCAGUCGGCCCAUGUCUAUGUAUGAGACCGGCUCAGGCCUGAAGCCCUAUCUCCCUAAAGGGGAAUCUCCCUACCCAGAGGAGGGUAUCCCCACCCUGCAACCCUUCCCACCUCAUACGGAAAGGGGCGCUUUUGUGACCACCUCUUCAUCCCUCCCCUCAUUUCCAUCCACCCUGUCUUGGUCGAAGGACGAAAGUGCUCAAAAGGCCACGAAAUUAGAGAAGCAAAGCAGCAUGCCGGAAAGUGACUAUGACAACACAUUCAAUGACUCUGAGAUGGAUGAUUCAGGUUUGUGCAGGAGAGGGAGGCUGAGGAGUAGUGGCUGGCUGGGGGAGGGCAGCUCUAUCCCUGAGCUGGAUGAUCUGGAAAUGGAGCCAGACCCCACGCUUCCCAGCACAGAGGACGUCAUCCGCAAAACCGAGCAGAUCACCAAGAAUAUCCAAGAGCUGCUGCGAGCUGCUCAAGAGAACAAACAUGACAGACCAUGUGAACGUGAAGGUGUGCGUCGGCUCAGGCACAGCCUGGGAUGCUUCAGCACACUGGUGCCCUGGGCCGAGAAGGCCCCCCCUUCCCUUCAGCCGCUCAGCCUGCGGUCCCCUGACCCCACCUCCUGCUUCAUACCCUGCUCAGAAAGAAUACAUGUGGCUGUAACAGAAAUGGCUGCCCUCUUUCCAAAGAAGCCGCGCUCAGAGACUGUGAGAGGCCCUCUGCGCUUGUUGACCUCCAGCGCGUACCGGCUUCAGAGCGAGUGCAGAAAGGCGGUGCCUUCAGAGGGCUGCCCGGGACCGGACAUGCAGCUGGUCACCCAGCAGGUCAUCCAAUGUGCUUAUGACAUUGCCAAGGCAGCCAAGCAGCUUGUCACCAUCACCACAAAGGAGAAUACCAACUAACAGCACUUACAAGGCUGCAAAGCCGUCAGCAUCUCAGUUCUGUUCUUAUAUAUAUUUUUAAUGAUUCUGUUGGGUUUUUUUUGUAAUUGUGGUAUAUGCAUGCAUUUGUUUUUUAAUUUAUGAAUGAAUAUUGACGAUAUUUAAAGCCAGCUCUGCAAAAUCUGAGCAUUAAGGGAAAAAGUCAACAACUCAACUUAGGGAUAUGCAGCUGUUGUAAUAGCACAAUUGCUCUUGAGGUAAAAAAAAACAAA